CUGUUAGGCGGGGUCAAUGGGGACACACGUUUGUUGUUCUUCAUUUGCGUCAACGCUUCUUCCGGUUAACGCUGCCUAUUUUCCCAAGAAGAACACCGCCUUAUUUUUAAUCAAUACCAAUUUCUCUCAAAUUCAUCUUCCGUCUCUUUCAUCCCACUUGCGAAAGGAGAGAAGCAUCAAUCGCAUCAGCUUUGUCUCUGAACCCUAAAUUCCAGCUUUGCUGAUUAAGUUUAUUUCCAGGUUUGACGAUUCAAUUUCUUUAUUACAAUAAUUCAAUGCGCCGAUUGCACGUUUGCCUGGAGCACGAAAUUAGAGAAGCAUAAAUCACUUUAAUUUUGUCUAUGAACCCUAAAUUAUAGGUUUGUUGAUUCAGUUUCUUUCCAGGUUCGCUGAUUCAAUUUCUUUACUGAAUUUUUAAUAUGAAUUUGUCUUUUCAAAAAUAUGGCGACGACUUCAUCGACGUUUGGACGGUGGAAGACUUUCAGGAAACAUUCAAUCGUCUAAAAUCUGACUUCCAGAUUAAAAGAGAGAUCUCUAUAACGAAUAUGAUGAGGCACCCUAAUAUUUUCAGACUCCAUGAGGAAAGUGAAAGUAAAGAUGAUGAAAUUGAUGAUCACAAUGAUGACGAAAAUGAUCUUGAACAAGAAGCAGAUGCAGAAAAGGAGGUGGUGUAUGGAAAACCUCCAGAAGUUUUGCCUCCAAAGGACACUGAUAGGGUUUCCCCGAAUAUCGAGAUGGAUGUGCACACGUUCUUCGUCAACAGUGAAAGAGUCAUAGAUUACUUGAAUUCAUUAGAAAGGCCGUCAAAAACAGCUUUUCUUCUUGCAUAUGAGUGUCCUCAAGAGAUUGGUUAUUAUCGGAUCUUAGUGAGGUCCGAUUUACUGUAUUUAAAGCCCUGUUCUUCAACUUUCUCUCUGCAUUGGUGGCACUUGCAGGAACUGCUUUGGUUCAUUUUUACAGAUUGCUUCAAUGGAACUCAUCCACUUGCAUCACACUCCUAUUGAUUCUAGACUCGCAAAUGCGUUGCUGCAGAUCAAGUAUGAACUAAAUGUACACAUUUAGAUGAGUGAUAAUGCUUUGUAAAUUGGAUAAUACUUCUUUAUUUUGAUUUAUUUUUCACCUACAUUGCUUUCAUAGAAAAAUAAAUAAAUAAAAUCGAUAACAUAUUGUAAAUACUGAAGGUUUCCAACCCCCGCAGCAUGAGGAACCUUCUCUAGUUAAAUUUAUAUUUAGUACAUUAUCAUAUAUUUUUAUGAAUAUUAUAAUUGGAAUAUUGGAUUUUGUUGAA